CCAACGUCGACUAUCUUCUGUUUUCGGUGCUUUUGGUAGGUGUAUUUACGCUUAUCAAGCGAACGGCUGACGAACAACGAUUCAGAGAGUACUUACGCCGAGACCACCGGCAACGACCGCCGUCGAGCCUACGCCAGCAAAUUGAUCCCUUCCAGAAAAAUGGACCUGGCUAAAGUGAAGGACGACGAGAAACUCCGUCUAUGUCGGUGGUACUACAGGGGCGGCUUCUUCAUCCUCCCGUUCCUGUGGUUCGUCAACGCCGUCUGGUUCUUCAAGGAGGCCUUCGUGAGACCGCCGUUCGACGAGCAAAAGACGAUCCGAGGCUACGUGAUCAAGUCGGGCAUCGGAGCGACGGUAUGGUUCGUCGCUCUCGUCGUCUGGGUGGUGUUCUUCCAGCUCAAGCGAGCAGAGUGGGGGGCCACAGGAGACUACCUGUCCUUCAUCACGCCUACGGGCAUCCCCUGAAGCGCGCGCCCGACGGUCGCCUGUGAAGCGAAGUGCUUUCUACAGACGCGCUUGGAUUGCUGGCGAUGUGCCGCCGGUUCUUUUGUGCGGUGGCCGUGAACGCACGGUCCGUCGAUUUGAGCCCAAGCUUUGUCUACGGUAAAUAUUGACAGUAAAGGUCUCAUUUGUUAACCGUUGCGUUUCGGGACAAGUGAACUGCGGAGAUACGCGGGCUACUCUGUUGUGGUGGCAUUCGUUUUUCGUCCGAUGGAAUUUCAGUAUCAAAUAACGGUAUACAUGGAUUUGCCAUCACCCUGCAGUCGCCGACAGGUUUUUACGGUUUCUAGGCUAGGUAGCGUAAGCUACCAGCCGUUAUAAACAAUACAGCCUUCAGCAUCCAUUCAUCCAUGGAUGGAUGGAUCCUCGGCCUCCAGAAAUGCGCUUGUUGCCUUCCGCUGUGCUUUAGUGGCAUCUGUAUGUCUAAGCCCACGAGGUGCUAAAGUAUGAAGCUUGCACUGGAGGCGAGACAACUGAAAGACUUCCUUGAUGUUCUCGUCUUCUCAGUGACUAUACAGGGUGAUUCAAGGAGAGGCCAGGCUCUUUAAAUCUACUGCAAAAUUUUGUUUCUUAACCUAUCGCGCUACAACUUUGUGCAGUGUUGCCCACAGAUGGUGCAUUUUCUUUGUAAAAU